GUCCGUAAUCAUUGAUAUCUACAGUUGCAUGCUGAGCUAUAGCUAAUGUUGCAUUUUUCGUCAGAAUCUACUUUUGAGGCAAAACUCUUGUUGCUCAAUCAUCAGAAUUCGAUUUGUUCUCGCACUGUCCAGUCGUCGUUGCUCUAAUACACGACGAGAUGCUGUAUGCACUAAUCUCAAGCAAAGAUCGUACCGAGUGUGAAACUAGAGGAUGAGAUGCAUACAUUGAUGAAGUAUUGAGCAAGACAUAUAUUUAGCCUGCCAGCCAAACAUUCUUUCAUUGGAGUGAUUAUAGCAAGAAAUUUAAUACUAGUCUUUAUAUUAUUGCUCUUAAAGACAAUAAGGGUUUGGCAAAGCUUUACUGAAAAUGGCUUAUUAAAUCAUCUGAUACAGGAGUGAAGAAAAAUCUGGUGAUAAAAAGAGGGUGGCAAAGGAAAAAGCAUCUUUACAGAAAUCGAAGUUGAGUCAUAAACACAACCGAGGAAGUUUUUUCCCAUCUGGAUUUUCAUUUUGUUUAAUAACAAAGUUAAUAAAAAAAAGCAAACAUGAGUACCCUUGACCAAGACCUAAAAGCAAUGAGUAAACUGACAACUGCAGAAAUCCCUAAAAAGGAUGUUGUAACUAUUAUAAUGUCGGAUGGAACUGUAAAGCCUACCAAAAUUCCAAAAAAGAAGGCACCAGAACAGAGCAAAAGUGAAUCGCUGAAGUGUAAGGAGGCCUUUCAGCUGUGUAAGGAACGUGAUGAUAAAAGGUUGGACCUUAGCAAAGCCGGUCUUACUUCACUUCCUGUUUCUGUAAAAGAGCUGACACAGUUGACAGAGCUUUAUCUCUAUGGAAACAAAUUGCCCAAUCUUCCUGCAGAGGUUGGCAACCUUUGCAACCUCAAGAUCUUGGCUCUUAACGAAAACUGGAUGACAUCCUUGCCACAGUCACUCUACAAGCUUGGCAGCCUGGAGGUCCUCGACUUAAGACACAACAAGCUGAAAGAAAUUCCAGCGGUGGUAUAUCAAUUGACAUCUCUUACAAAUCUGUACCUACGUUUUAAUCGUAUUACUGUGUUAGAAGAAGAAAUCAGUAAUUUAAGGAGGUUGACAAUUCUCAACUUAAGAGAUAAUAAGAUUCGUGAAUUGCCAAAGGGCAUAGGUCAGUUAGUUCAUCUCACAAACUUUGACCUGUCACACAACCAAGUUGAGCAUUUACCAGAUGAAAUUGGCAACUGUGUCCAGUUAACAUCAUUAGAUUUCCAGCAUAAUGAAUUGCUGGACAUACCAGACAGCCUAGGCAACCUCAAGUCUCUUAGCAGACUUGGCUUAAGGUACAAUCGUCUAACAGGAAUCCCAAGGUCACUGAGCAAAUGUUCUGAACUAGAUGAAUUCAACAUUGAAAACAACAACGUUUCAUCACUUCCGGAGGACUUACUUUCUAGUCUGGGUCGAAUGAGUUCCGUGUGCUUAGCUCGAAACAACUUCUGCUCCUACCCGGUAGGAGGCCCUGCUCAAUUUGCAACCGCCAAUUCUGUUAACAUGGAACAUAAUCAGAUAAACAAGAUUCCAUACAAGAUCUUUAGUAAGGCAAAGAACUUGACAAAACUCAAUAUGAAAGAUAAUCAACUAACAGCUCUACCCCUAGAUAUUGACAGUUGGGUGACAAUGGUAGAGUUGAAUUUGGGAACCAAUCAAAUAAGUUUGAUCCCGGACGAUGUUGACAAACUUCAAUCCUUAGAAGUGCUCAUCCUUAGUAACAAUUUACUAAAGAGAUUGCCUCGAACAAUUGGAAAGUUAUCAAAGUUGACUGUUCUUGACCUGGAAGAGAAUAAAUUGGAAUAUCUACCUGCCGAAAUAUCUUAUCUGAAGGAAUUAAAGAGAUUGGUGGUCCAGUCAAACAGGCUGACUUCUCUACCACCAGCAAUAGGAAACUUGUCAAGUCUGCAAUAUCUUGGUGUUGGCGAAAAUAACUUGUCAGCUUUGCCAGAGGAGAUAGGAUCCUUAUCAACGCUUGAAGAAUUGUAUCUUAAUGAUAAUCCUAAUUUGCAUAACUUGCCGUAUGAACUCGCACUGUGUAUGGCACUUCAGAUCAUGAGUAUUGAGAAUUGCCCUUUGACACAGAUACCUGGCGAUAUUGUUGCAGGAGGGCCUUCACUGGUUAUUCAGUUUCUCCGAUUGCAUGGACCGUACAAGCAAAUGGGGAGUGUAUAGAGAUCUGACAACUGUGUUUAGAUAUCAUGGAAUGGUGCUGUAAUAUGUAGAUAGAAGUAUUGUCUACACACAGACCUAUAUCUAUGUGCAAUCUGCCCAGCUUGCUACUCAAGUGGUUGUACUUAAAAAAUACACACAUAAAUAAAGAUAGAACAAAAUAGUUGGUUAUAUAUAAUACACACUAAGGUCCAAAUCUAUGUUUCUGAUUGAUUUGAUUCCCAAAAUAAGCAUUAGUGUGUGAGCAUGUUUGUCUAUCUCUGUGGUACGUGUACCCUUUUCCCAAAUUUACAGAUGGUUUUCCGCUACCUGUUGUUUAAUUGACACCUCCACCAAUAGUGACCUCACAGUUCACACCACAAGGGUGAACAAAUUUAAUAUACCACCGAUGAGGUACAGUAAUACAGUAACAGAUUUGUUGUACUCCCAUUGUUGGAAACCACAUUAAACCUCUAGGUCCAAUUCACCUAGGCUAAGUCCAUCAGAUAUUCACUAACUUGGUAAUAGGUAAACAUUGAUGAACAGGUCUAUACUGGUGGAACCACUAAGCUCGGUACGUGUUAUGCAUGAAGUAAGCAUUUUAGCUAGCAUUUUACCCUGUAUUACCAGGUUCAUUUUGGGCAAGUUUCCCAGUAUUUGCUAACCUAGUAUUGCAUUAGUGUUCAAAUAAUUUCAUCUGGUUUCUAAAUGUGUAUACUAAGUUAGAUUCUUCAGAUCGAGGCUGUUGCAACUUGGUGAAAAUUUUGUUUACAUCUAACACAGUGGACUAGACUUAACAUAGUUUCAAACCACAGUUUCUGUCCAGUUACCCUGGAUACCCUCUGGAAUUGUUCUAUUUGGUGAUAUCUUUAAUAUACCAUUGCGAUUCAAGUCUCUGCAAAUUAUAAACAUAUCUUCAAAGUUUUUUUAUCCGUUAAAAGAACAUUGUUGUCUGAAUUAAAUACUUAUUCCUCAAUAUUUUAUGUUCUUGUAGAAAUGCCAUUGUAAAUUUGCUCCUCUGUUGUGGCAUUCCAUUGGACAUUUUAUUGUGUCAUACCGUAUGAAAUUAUUAAUGUCAUUGUUGAUAGAAUGCAGCCAUAUAACCUGAUUUUAAGUAUGCAAUACUCAUUGGGAAAGUAGAACCAAAUGUCUUGAUAUUUACAUAGUAACCUUAACCACCAGGAUAAGUAAUGAAACAAUUAAAAGAGAAUGUAAAAUUUCUAUUAAAAAGUAUCCAAAUUUAAUUUGAACCAUACUUAGAAGAAAACAGAGGACGCUAUAACACAUUAACUUAAUUCAAUAGAUUCCAUCGUAAACUUCCUUUGUCUAAUGUUUACUUGUGCUGUAAUUUCAGUUUGAUGGAUUGGUUGAAAGUUUAAAUUAUAUGGUGCUUAAAUGCCUUCUUAUUUCUUUACUUUCUUCUCAUAGAAGAAAGUAUUGCUUUUGACACCAGUCACAUGUAUAUAUUGUGUUUGUUUCUUUUCAUGUAUCUUUUAGUUUUUGCAACAGGAAUGUUUUUUUCUUUAUUUUUAUGCAAAAGAGAUUGCUCUGUGGCCCUCCUUAGAGGGAGCAACAAACCUUUUAUUUCCUUUGAUAUUCUGGAAUAUAAAUUAAUAGGCAUACUAUAGCACUAUUUGGAUUAGACAAAGCUAAAACUAACAACGUAUCUUUUUUCUUUGAAAUUCCUGUUUUAAUGCUUUGCAAGUUCAUCAAUUCUUUGCAUAUGCAUUUAUAAUUUGCAUAUACAUUGAUGCUUUGCUAGUUAGAUCAGUGCUCUCCAAAUGUGUCAAUGCUUUGCAAGUUCAUCAAUGCUUUGCAUAUGCAUUUAUAAUUUGCAUAUACAUUGAUGCUUUGCUAGUUAGAUCAGUGCUCUCCAAAUGUGUCAAUGCUUUGCAAGUUCAUCAAUGCUUUGCAAGUGCAUCAAUGUUUUGCAUAUGCAUUUCAUGAUUUGCAUGUGCAUGGAUGCUUUGCUAGUGCAUCAGUGUUCCUCAAAUAUAUUAAUGUUUUGCAAGCUCAUCAAUGCUUUGCAUAUACUGUGAUACUUUGUUAGUGCACCAGUGCUCUUCAAAUGUAUCAAUAUUUCACAAGCUCAUUGGUACUCUGCAUAUGCUAGUGCCUUGAUUCUCUGAAAAUGCAUUAAUACCUCAAAAUACUACUCAUCAAUGCUUUGCAUAUGCAUUUAUAAUUUACUAGUGCACCAAUGUUUGUUGCUUGACAAUACUUUGCAAGUUCAUUGGUGCUUGGAAAAUUCAUCAACGCUCCAUUUCUGCAAUUAUGGUUUUUCUUUGUGCAUCAGUGUUUUGCAUGUACAGUCACUCGGCACAAGUACAUUGCUGUCCUAUUUCUUUUAUAUUAAUGUAUUCAUCUAUGAUCACUAUAUGCCAUAAAAUUGUAUUAUAUUAUUUACCAGGAUUAAGGAAAUGUUUACCAACUUCAAUAAUUUGUUAUUCAUAUGUCUUUAGUAUUUGUAUUUUGGAUUGAAAUCUGAGGAUUACCUAGCUUAAGAUCGGCGGCAUAGUUCUCGUCAAAUUACUCAUUCUGCUGAAUUGGAAACAAUUGUGUUUGCACAGUAUGUUUAAGCAAUGUAUACUUAAAAUUGUUAGAUUAAUUUGGCUUCGAUUCAGAAUUUAGUAUAUACUUUUAUGGGUAUUGUAGUAUUUUGAAGCAAGAUGUAUUUCUGAGUUUAUAAGAAGUGGACAUACUAUGGUGAAUUAAUAACAAUCAAAAGAUGAUGAACAGUCCUCAAUUCAGGUCCAUUUAUUAUUAAUGGACCUGAAUUGACUGUCAAUCAAACUCAACAACUGACCAAUCACAACAUGGCCAGAAACAUGCGCUUGUCCGACAAGCAUACAUGUUGUCCUACAAACGCGCAUGUUCGC